CGUCCCUCAAGCCACCUCCCAUCCCAGGGGUCUCUGCCGGAGCCAGCGCCUGCCGUCCCCAGACGCUCUCCUCCUCAGCCCGUCGCACACGGCUCUCCUCUGCCCGUCCAUCCUCCUCGCAUCACGAGAGGACGACACGACAUGUCUCGAUGCUGCAUCCUCCAACCCGCCUGCGUCUUUUGAUUGAGCCUGGGCACAAAGACUCGGAUCCCGUGCGCCACUCAUGAUGGCGACCGACAUCAGACUUUUCACCCGCCGGCCGCGGAGCGUCCUCUCGCCUCGCGAUGAAGGCGAGCACGUCGUCCUGGCCGACUGCAGGACAAAGGACCUGGUCUACUCCUCACAGAUGGCCUACUUCAACACCACCUUAGACAACAGUCCCGAGGACAUUGCCGUCGUCAAGACAGCCCAGGGACAGACCGCCGUCUGGUUUGGCCAGUCCACCAGCGCCCUCUUCACCGCCACCGGCACCACCUUCAAGGCCGUCCUCAACGGAACGGCAGAGGAUGGCGAUUUCGUGGGCACCGGCGACAAUGGCUACGGCACCUUCUACUGCUACCAGAACUUCUACCAGGACCAGUACAUGUACGGCGACUCGACUUGCAACAUGGUGGUGGACUGCAAUCAUAGAGUACCUUGCAGCUGCAACGCCAACCCCUUCUCCAUCAACUACUUCAUCGAAUGCUUUAUCUACACCAGCCAUCAUUGGCAUCAGCGUUGGUGCUGGUGUUGCCUGCAUAUUGCUCGCGCUUGCAUCGGGCUACUUUCUGUGGAGACACUAUCGUCCCAAGCCCAAUGCGCCCACGUCAGCGCAGGAUGCGGAGCGCGCAGACCAUGGGCACACAACCGGCCAUGAGGAGCCGAAGCCAGCCGACAAAGAUACGCCGGCUCAGAUCCACGAGCUGGCGGCGUAUCCUCAAGACAAUGAGCCAGCCUACAGCCCAGCAACCGAGAUUGACGGCGUGGCAAGGGCAGAAGUGGAGUUCCAACCUGAGAGAUUUAGCUUUGGGGAUGGAGGCACGAACGACUUUUCAGGGUUUCGGCCUCCCCAAAUCCACGAGACGAGCCCA